ACGAAUCGUUCCGAGCCUUGGCGGAAGCGGCUCGAGGCACGCCGCAUUGCGAAGGGCUCCUCCUCUCUGUGCGUGUUCGUGGCCAGUCCACCACCGCUCGACGGAUGCCUUCCAGAAGCCGUAGUCACUUGGCGUUGUCUGCGGGGUAACAACUCCGCACGAGUCGCCUGCGCGUGAGAUCAUUUCAAUAUUCGUCGCUCCGUCUCCCGGCUCGGCUGCGUUCGCUGCACCGCCCCGACCGAACGCCGCCGUCGCUUUUCUUGUUCAUGUUUUUGUUUGUUGCGGUUGCACCCGAUUCAAGAGCCGAAUUGCUCACAGGGCUCUACCUAAUACAUGAACUUGAACUUGACCGCGGAGUGAAUUUGCGUGCUGCCCUGUCGCAGCGGUGGCACCACCAGCGAUCGAUGUUGCCCGUGAGCAGCGGAGAUGCCCAACGCCGACCGCGUGGGUGGCCGCGACGGCUCCGGGAGGUAUAUAGCCGGGAAGCCGUGAUUGGUAGCGGACAGCGUGGUCCAGAUGUCUUGUGACCCCCCCCCCCCCCCCACAUUGAAUUCUAUAAAACUUAAAAAAACAUUUGUAUAGCAAUAUAAAGAUGACGACUUAAUUAGAUUCAAUUGUGUAUGUCAAUUUCUUCGUAAAGGGGCCCGGUAAGUGUGUAUGAGAACCAGCAUUUCCUCGACAUAUUACGCAACAUUUUCAGUUCCACUUGAGCAAACGUAUUCAAAUGGCUGAGCAAAGUACAACAACGUUAGGGGUCAAUUAAUGUUGGGGGUCACGAGACAUCUGGACCACCCUGUUACACCCUCACGACGGGGACGAGGCCCCCAUCCGGUGUGGCCGUGCCAUGCGUGGGGGCGAUCGAAUCUAAAAACAGACGCAGCGUGCCAGUCCAAGGAGUGCCAGUGGACUUGGUGCGCAGCGGAAGCCCACGAUGACGGUGGUGGGUUUUGUGCUCGCACCUCGGUGCAAGGGUGACCUCGCGAGGGCCAACGCAAUAAUUCUGAUGAUUGUCUCCUGACAGUUGAAUUCUGGGAACAUUAAUCCAGAGCUGCGUCUGCCGGCGCUCGCAGAAACAUUAAGCGACGACUUCGCUGGACAACAACAAUUGAGUGUUGCGGCCGCCGUGGUCGACACGUGGCAGUCUUCCAUUCGCGCACUUGAUGAGAAUCAUGAAGGUGCCGUUCAGCAGAUUGCGACUCGGGGUCGCAGUGGCCGUGGCCGGGGCCGUGGUCGUCCUCUCGGUCUUCGCCGAGCGACUCCUCCUCGCCCAUCGCCUGAGCCACGGCGCACGGGCGCGCGUUCACCGCCUGCAGAUGAUAGCCAUCUUCAAUGUGGUCAUCUAUCUGCCCUCCAAGUUCGUCUGGACCAGGUGCGUGACCGAGCCCACCGCCGCUUGCAGCCGUGGCAAAUGCGAGUCUUGGGCCGGCUUGUGGGCCGCGUGCGUGGCCACGUUCCUGCUGCUGGUCCACACCAGCCUCUUCACCGCCCUCUUUCUGGUUCACAUCGAGCCCCACGUCUUCUCGCUGGUGUCCAGCACCUGUCUGGGCGCCUACAUUCUGCUCAAUUUCUGGCUGCUGGUCCUGCUCACCACGGACCGCUGUCUGAGAUUUGCGGCCAGGGCGCUGACUCCGGCGAUGAAGAAGGAUGAGGAGGUGGAGGAUGAGAAGAUCGAGAGAAGGAAGAGGGCCCGCGCGAUACUCGCCAUAGCCCUGCUCCUCACCGUGUCCAUGACCCUCUUGGCCGUGCACAACGCUGCCGGGCGACCCCACACACCCAGGGUAGAGGUGCGACUGCAGCGCCUGCCAGCCAACUUGAGUGGCCUCAAGGUGGCCCUUCUGUCAGACAUACACCUGGGCCCCACGGUCGGCCGCAGCAAGCUGGCCCAGGUGGUGGACAUUACUAACGGGCUGAGGCCAGACUUGGUGGUCAUCGUAGGAGACCUCGCAGACUCUCUGGUGUCCAACUUGAAGGAUGCUGCUCAGCCACUGUCCUGGCUGAACCCACGCCUGGGCACAUACUUUGUCACAGGUAACCACGAGUACUACACGCACGACGUGCAGGCCUGGUUCCAGUACCUGCGCUCGCUCAACAUCCACCCUCUCCACAACCAGCACGUGCACCUUGGCGGCAGGCCGGGGGAGCGCGUGUGCCUGGCAGGUACCCGGGGCACGGCAUGGACUUGGAACAAGCGCUGGCGGGCUGCGAGGAAGGGAGCGCCAUCAUCCUGCUCGCCCACCAGCCGCGGGCUGCACAAGCGGCGCUAGAACAGCGUCCGGACAUCGACCUCGUACUUGCAGGGCACACGCACGGAGGACAGUUCUUUCCCGUGUCUCUCGCCGUGUACCUCUACAACCCGUUCUUCGCGGGGCUGUAUCGGCACGGCGAGCACAGCCAGGUGUACGUCUCGCAGGGCAGCGUCUUCUACGGAAUGCCCAUGCGUCUGGGCAGCACCGCCGAGG